CUGUCUGUCAAGCGGGAGCUGCUGGCGGACUCCGUGAACCUGAGGACCACCUAGGAAGGCAGCGAUGGAAACCAGGGCGCUGUCCACCGUAGCUCAUGGCCUGGUGGGAGGUCUGUCUGGCAAGGCCAGCAGAGGCCGACGGCUGUCGCAGCCAAUUGCCGCGCUACUCGUGGUCCUCGCCCUGGGUUUCCAGUCGGUCUGCGCCGACGCUGCCACAGCCUGUCCGGCAGGCUGUUCGUGCCAGCACAGUGGCGACCGGGUAUCCUGCGUCGGACUCACCCGGGUGCCCAGGUUCCUCGGCUACUCCCCCAGGACGCUGAGCAUCACUCAGCACCGGAUAACCACACUCGACAGCAGGUCCUUCAGAGGACUGGAGCGCCUGGAAGUGCUGGAAAUCACCGACGGUCGCCUGUCUGAGAUAUCCCCCGACGCAUUCUACGCGCUGAGAGACCUCAACGAGGUCAACAUCUCGCACAACGAGCUGAACGUGCUGCCCCGCGACGCGUUCGCCGAGUGCCGCCGGCUGGAGCUUCUGGACCUGUCCUGGAACCCGCUGGUGCUGCCCGGCCGGGGCCCCAUGCUGGUCUCCAGCUCGCUGUCCGCCCUCGACAUGUCCUCCUGCAGCCUCGGCAAACUACCGGAUCAGGUUUUCUCGAAGAUGCCGGCCCUCAGCGAAUUACGACUGCGGGGUAACAACCUCCAGCUCGUAUCCGAGUGCAUUCUGGAACCGAUCCCCCAGCUGAUACUGCUGGACGCCGAUCUGACGUUCCAGUGGACCGAGUGCUCUUCCCAGGAGGCGACGACGAGAGCCACUCGGCAGGUGAAUAAGGUGGGAGACCCUGGGAGCGGGCGGGACCCCGCCGAGCGGCAGGCAACAGGCGACGUUCUCGCCUACGAAGAGGUGACCUUCAUCCCCACCCUGGCACAGUGGGUCUUUCUCGUCGUUACAGCACUACUUACAGCGUUGCUACUCACCUACAUUCGCAAAGCUUGUGAAAGAGGUCAACGUCGAGAGGAACACAUAUACGAGAUUCUAGGUGGUAGUCAGACAGUUCGCAUACCAAUUACAAACACGAAUUCAGGACAAGAAGCAAGUCGACCAGCUCCUGCGAGCAUUUAAGCUAUCUUGCAAUAGUUUCCUCAGGUGACGGGGAGAGCCGUUAUGUUAUUCCACUACCGGGGUACGUUUUGCUUGCAAAAAAGAGGUAAAAGAUUUCAUAUUUUUAUGUUGUGUGUAUAGUUGACAGUACAUUUAAUCCAAGUUUUCGAUCUCUAAAACCUUCGGGACAACUUUUUCCAGCCAAAAGCCCAAGAAAUGUUGGCACUUUUUUAAGGCUUUCGCCAAUUAUUCGGAAAUUAUCCAUCCUACUUUAAAUAUUACCCUAACCAAACUGAAAGAGCAUUAAAUGUUGAAUGACCUAUUUAAAUGUGAAAAUCGGUGCAGCCAUUUGGCCGCAAUCAGUUGUUGAAGUUCAUUCAUUUUUACCAGUUCGGCUAAAAAGUCGGCUCGAACGCCUGUAACUCAAAAGCGACUACUCCAAAUGAAAAAUGUCUCGUUAUCAAAGUUAUAAAGCAAGGAAUUUCAUAUUACAAAACCAUCUAGUUUUUCAGUUUUAGGCACUAUUAAACGUUUGUGCACCUAAAAGCCAAAGUAAUUACAUUCUAUUGUUUUUCUUUCAAGUCACAGUUAUUCAAUGAAAUGAAAUCUCCAAUGAGGAUAUGGCUCUCUAAUGAGCACAUAUGUGUUCUGCAUGUGUAUCAUCUUUAAUUUUCUCCGUUCCAUUAUGUUUUUAUUCGUUUUUACACAUGUCUUAAUUGGUAUGAGUCGGUUGCUAAAAUGAAAACCAAGUACAUAGUAAUGGACGUAUGAGUAACAUAAAAAUUUGUACUAAUGAAGAAAUAAAAUUGUAUGGCAACAUUUAAAAAACAAUAUUAUAUCAGAGAUUAACAUUUUAUCAAGUUUCAAUUCCAUCGCCGUCGUUUGGGAGACUCCGGCAUGUCCCGCUCCCAGCAUCCGAUCUCCUGUGUCACCAACUUCCUCGACCUGGAACAUAUCUUCUCCGCAUCCUUGCCGGGUCCAGUUUCUGGGGCGUUCUCGCAAGAUAGGCCAUAAGAGUGUUUGCACGCCGAUGAGCACUUCAGUCCAGAUUUGGGACAUCCACAUGUUGCUGUCCACCUCGUUCUGCGUGCACAGGAAACCAUGUUCAGUAGUGUACCUGGAGCUGCAUCUUUCGUCAUCGUCACGGGAAACGAGGCUGAUUUCUUUCAGCCGCACUGGAACGGAUCAGUUUUCUGCCCCUGCCAAGCUUACAGCUCAUGGUAGGAUCACAGUGAGUGCCACCUCGCUGCGUGCGAUGUUGGCGGUAGCCUUUCGUGUGUGAAAGAUUUUCUCGGGGCAGACUUUACGAAAAGCUCGUGCCUGAGGUCGUCCAAAGCCGCACAGCUGUAAUUCCCGUACACUGUUCUACUGCCUAUGCUGCUAAGUCUUGAGAGGCUGAGGGUUUAACAAGUUCAGCAGCUUGCAAUUUAAGAUGUGGCUGUUGCUCCAUAUGGUUUAGUAAUUUCCUUUCUCCAUAGCCAAAAAAAAGGAGGAUUGUGUAUCAUAUACUGUGAAGUCAUGGCUGAAAAGCGCAGAUCCAGAAUCUAAACUGAAAGAAUUACUAGAGUACUACACUCUCUCGUCCCACUAUAUGAAACUACGGGUUGUUCUAGGAGUCUUCUCUACCGGUUAGGAGAACAAGCACGCCUAUGUCCUCGCUUAUGAUUGCCACACUGUCAGACUCAGUAACUUGGGACAUAGCUACUUUCACAACUAAUGAAUCGGCAUACUCUUCUCCUUGUAACACUUGAAUACCUACAUCCUCAAAUUUCCUCAUGAGCAUUAAAAGCAAGUCGUUUUAGUUGCUCUUAUUUACGAGAAACUACUCUUGUGCGACUGCAGCAUUUGUAUCUUCAUCGAAAAUGAUGUCUGAUGAAGAACCCUGUGUCUCUAAACGGCGAGAUCUUUCAGAAGACUUUCUUCCCCUUCGCGUAGAAUCUCUUAGAUAGGAAAAAAUUUAAGAGUUGAACGUCUUCUUCCCCGAUCAGUGUUGUCAGACUCUAUAGCCGUACAGGGAGAGACUGCCAUGACUCCUCCCGUGGAAAGGAAAGCAUUCAACCCGUCAAUCUUGCAUAUGUUAAAAUCGGCGUUGUCAGAGAUGCGCUGGAAGAAUCCUUCGCUGGUUACGGUUAGGAUGCUCUGGUCGCGCAAUCAAGGACGUCUCAAAUAGGUAAGCUUCCAUUAUUGGAGCUGCGCAUCCAAUUGCACUAAAAGCGUCGACAAUAAGUCUUGAUCCGGAUCUGUUGUAUAUGACUGUACUGAGCCCAUUUAAUAGCGAAGAUAGAAAUGACCGUGACCUUUCUUCGGAAAUCAAUGAAUGUGACAGAGCAACACUUUUCUUAUUUACCUAGAGUUCAUUUUGACUUAAAAAGAAACAACAAACUGAAAUUCCUUUGACUUUCAAGUGUGCGAACGCUUAAUAGUGCCCAAAACAGAAAAAGUGGAUGCCUUGUGAGAGAAGAUUUCACACUCUACAACUUUGAUAACUCGACAUUUUUGAACUGAAGUAGCAGUAUUUGAAUUACAGGCGUUGGAACCGACUUUUUAGCUAAGCUGGUAAAAAUGAACGAAACUUGACAACUGAUUCCGGCCAAACGACUGCUCCUAUUUUGGUAUUUAAGUAGCUCAUUCGGCGAAAAUUUAAUGCGGUUUCAUUGAGGUAAGGGUAACAUUUUCAGUACGCUGCUUUGUUUCCGACUAAUAGACGAAAACCUGAAAAAAGUGCCAAUAUUUCUUGGUUUUUUUGGCGACAAAAAGUUGUACCGAGGGUUUCUGAGCUCGAAAACGUGGACUCAACGUAGCGUUAACUCCGUACACAAGAUAAAAUUGAAUCUUCUACCUCAUUUUUUGCAAGCAAAAUGCCUUUUUUGUGACGCCGUUACUGGGCUAUGUGACGAAUCACUUUCACCUGGCGCCCGCCUUACAGUCCUAAAUUCCACUGCACAUUGCCAGUGAAAGAAGUGGUGGCAUAUAUACUUGCCCUGGUUGGAUACAGUGUGACAAGAGCUCGGUUCUUGUCAUGCACCUAUGUGUGAAACUCGCCUCAUGCCGAAGCGUGCCGCCAUCUGGCCCACUGCGUUCUAGAAUGCGAAAACAGCGUACUGCAGUGCCCAACGGCCAAAUUAACAGACAUGGCUGGCCCGUAAAUAUCCUGUGGGUGAUUUCUGUGGCCUGCAUGACACCAAUGCACGACCACACUGAAUAUAGAAAUUAUUAAUUGAAAGUGCCAAGUGGUCAGAGAUAAAUUUCGGAAUUCCGCCUGAAUGCUGGUGAGCUCGUGUCCCAUGUGUCAUCUGCUUAUAAGUGAGACACUAUAUAGUGCUGUUCGCGACUCCUUUCACCUUGGUUGGGGAUAGUGUACUCGGCACAAGAGAUUGCAUUUAAAUGAAGUCAGCUAUUGUCGAGGUGUUCAGUGGUUUUACGUCCCAAGUAGAACACUGGCUGCAGUGGUAUACAGUAUGAAACCUUCACAAUGCAGUGGCUUUGUGAGAAGUCCAUGUACGGACACGAUGAGCCUGUUUAGCUACAGCGCGAACAGUCCACGUAUGAUCGAGUGUUCUAAUAAAGAAGAAAAAAAAAUAAAACAGAAAAUAAGAAAAGAGCACCAAAUAAUGAGUUUCUCGAAGGAGAAGCCGACAUCUAAUUGGUAAAGUUGAAUACACAGCCGUGAAAGCUGUGUGUUGACCUCGUGAUCAAAUCUUAUUACUGUCCUGCAACAUCUUAGGGCAGACGAUGAAACCAACUGAGCCUCAAAGUGAAUCUAGUUAGGCAGAUGUCGACUGACAGCUUGCGGUCAAGAAUGCCAGCGUCCGAAAUUCCGGCUCUCUUACGGGACGAAGCACGUGCUGGUAUCACUGCCAUUUAGAGCUCCUGCUGUUUCUGCCAUAAGUGCCAGAAGUAACUGUGAUGCUCCGUGCAAUGUCCUCUGACGUUGCCCAUGUGCUGCAUGUGCGACGCCCAUUCAGAAACUGAAGAUCUGAAGAUUCUUUCGUCGUACACAGAUAACAAUUAAGCGUUUUAAGAAACAGAACGAAUGAAACGCAUUGCUUGCCAUAUAUUUUGCUAAUGCCACACGACAGCCUUGAGGCAUAUAUGUAAUUCGAAAUCAGUUUUCGCAAUUUCCAAAUGUCUUUGGCAGGCACAUAACAGCUUCAUCUUUUUAAAUGAAAAAACAACAAAUAAAAUAUUUUCAUCUUUAUUUCCUAAUUCAGCGACAAAGUUUUGAACAUUUAUUUAAGUACUGAUUUCAUGUAGCUUUAUGAUUAACAUUUUUUUCUAAAACACUUAUAUGUUUUAUUAUUACUGAAACUAAGUUCCUUAUUCCUAGAUACAGAAAAUAAAAUCUCACUUGAACCAUCACAAAAAAAUCUCAUCUUAUCAUUAUAUAAUAGUAAUGCUGACCAUAUUCGAUAAAUGACGUCUACGUCUUAUACUCUCGUCAUGAUACUAAACAUGUCAAAUUAUUUAUCAGAGAAAUUAAUUUGGAAAGGUAUUUUUUUCUAAGCUUUCUUACCAAUUCUCUGUUGACUAACGCUCGCUGUAAUGUAUUGCAAAAUAGUGCUAACAUCACACAUCCCUCAAGAAACAUUCCUCUACUCUCAGAGAGAUGCGUGCUCCACUGUAGGCUGUUCCAGCGCUGCCCCCGUGCUGUAAGGCCGCUGAGGGAGAGGCCGUAAGCUGACUGGCAAGCAUGCGCAGCGAGGUCAGGUUACCAGCAGGGUAGCCGCAUUGCACUCGUCCUGCGCAUGCGCAGACCACUGGGCCAUUCCAGCCCGAGGGCACGUGACCAGGGCAGUGCUGAAGUGCACACUUCAGCCCGGGUGCCCGCGAGUCAACUGUUUGCCCACCGACGCCCACUGCUAACUGCGGGUCGGCACACGACCUGGAGCAGCCCACUACAGUGACGAAGAAAACAAAAAAAUAAUCUUAAUUACAGUCCUGUAUCGUAUUUCAAAACAGAUUUUUACACAAAGUUCAGUCCAGCACUUUCGAAUAUCAGUAUAUCUCAUUUUUCACUUGAUCGUAAGAAGAUUUGUUACUUCUAACAAUACUGAAUGACAAAGUACUUAAUUAUCUGUGUACGAACUCUGUAACUUGACAUAAUAAAGUCAAUCUGCAAUCUGUAACUUAGAAAAGAAGUUUUCAGUAAGAGAAAUCUUGUUCAGAUGUAUUCUUAUUCGUAAUAUUUCUGUAACAUAGGUAUUUUUUUUUCAAUAGGAAAAUGCGUUAGUCUCUCUCAUGUAGCUUUGAGUAGAGUACGUUACUUGUAUUUAAAACCGUCGAAAAGCUGUGUAAUUGUGCUGAAUGUACGUAAAACUUGUGUUACCGUAUAGUACAGGAACACUACAAGGUACAAGGAAUUUGUUAUCCAGAUGAACCUACAGCUCUAGAACUGAAUAACAUCAUUUUGGAAACAAACUGUUGUCCCUGCACUUAUUUCGUGGUUUUUGUUGACCAUUCGAAUCCUGAGCUCUUGAGUGAAACGCUGUUAAUAAUUUACAUUUAACCUUCAUUAUAAUGCAGCAGAAUGGCGACAUCUAAAUACAUCACCACUAUCAGUGGUUCAGACAAUUUCUGAUGAAGUACAAAGUAUGUGACAAUACACAGUUUUAUAUCUGCGAAACUAAAUUCUCAAUGUAUAUUUUUGAUUAAUUUUGUAGGUACUGUUGUAACACUUGUGAGUUGAAACUUCCCUGCUAUUUCAAAUGGACUCUUAACACCAAAGUAUUCAAUUUUUACAUGUCAGUGGAGUCUUAACCAGCAGUAUCUAUUUUGAUAUGUGUAAAUAGUAUUUCUUGGAAAAUAUACAUCAAAGUUCUUUGAUAUAGUUAUACAUGUGAUAUUUAUAUGAUGGAAUUCGUCAAAUUAUCUGAAUGAAAUGAACGAGAUAUGCCACUGUGGAGAGUUAACAUUUUUUGUUGUGAAAUAACCUCGGACAUUACCGAUUGAAGACAACAGACAUAGACUGAUGUACAUUGUCCCAAUACUAACACUACACACAGUAGUGCUGAAUGUGCAACUCAUACUGGCCAGUUUUCAAAGUCUGAUUUCUAUGGCGGUAUCUGUAAUAAUAAUGAAGUAAGGAUUAUAUUCACAAUAUUCAAUAACUGAUUCUUUAAUGUGAAACUAAUAUAGUCAAUGUCCCCAUGUUCCUUGAAAAAACUCUUCAGUUGUUGAAACUGUAAUAAUCUAAGUCAAAACUGAAUAUUUGCUUGGUAUUGAGUUGUUUAACUUGUUUCACUCGCUUAGAUACUAAAAAUUAGUUAAAGAACAGACGAUUAUAUUUAAAAUCUAGUUUUGUUCUUGUUUACAUCUCAUGAAGACUGAAUAGACACAGUUCUAUAAAUGUGUAACUGUAGUAAGUAAUUGUAUUUUCCUAUGUAUGAUGUUGAAGAUAUUGUCAGUUACCAAAGUUACAAGUGCUGGUUUAAAGAACAGCAAGUAUAAAAUGAAUUUAGUUAGCAAUUUCAUAUUGGUGUUUGGGCUAUUGAAACUAUUAUAUAGACAUAAAUUUCAUAGCUUAAUUAUAUUUUAAUGCUUUUGUUAUUUAACUUUUU